AUGACAACAUCUGAUAGGCAAUAUAUGACAAUGGGUGAUGUACAAGAAUUGAGCAAAGAACAAGAUAAAUGUAUACUUGUUAUUGAACAUAAAGUGUAUGAUAUUACACCAUUUCUUGAUGAACAUCCAGGUGGUGAAGAAGUAUUAAAAGAACAACAUGGAAAAGAUGCAACGUCUGCUUUCGAAGACGUUGGACAUUCGAUUGACGCACGUCAGCAAAUGGAACAAUAUCAAAUUGGAGAACUACAAGUCUCUGAGAAAAAGCCAUCUGAAAAGAAGGCCCGAAAAGUAGUUAGUGAUGAAGUGAACAAUGAAUCGUCAUCUUGGAUGAAAUGGAUUAUACCUCUUGCAAUAGCCAUAUCUGCUGUUAUUAUAUUUAAAUUAUUUAUUAAAUAA